AUACCGAGGUGUUCCGAGUGGCUGACCUUAAUUUUGUUUGCAAACUGCGUUAUCGUGAAUAUUGUAUCCGGCUAUCUCCUCACGUUUUGUGGUAAGAAUUAAGAAAUGGCGCUUCUGAGAACUGGACUUAGGGCUAGGACCCUGUAUACUGCCCUUAGAAACAAUGCAGCAUGCAUGUCAUCCAUUCCACAACCAAUAGUGAACCCCGAAGUCAAGUACAACAAGGUUUUUGUCAACAAUGAAUUCAUCGACAGCCAAUCAGGGAAGACUUUUCCUACUAUUAAUCCAGCAACAGGGGAGAUAAUUUGCCAGGUUGCAGAGGGGGAUAAGAAAGAUGUGGACAUCGCAGUGAAAGCUGCACAGGAUGCUUUUAGAUUGGGGUCACCAUGGCGACGAAUGGAUGCUGCAGAAAGAGGAUAUCUUUUGAAUAAACUGGCAGACCUCAUCGAAAGAGAUAGACAGUAUAUCACUUCUCUGGAGACCCUUGACAAUGGUAAACCAUACCAUGUGGCAUAUGCUGCAGAUCUCAAUCUGGUCAUCAAAUGUUACCGAUACUACGCAGGCUGGGCCGACAAAAACGAGGGAAAAACUGUCCCAGUUGCUGGUGAUUACUUUGCCUAUACCAGACAUGAACCUGUAGGGGUUUGUGGACAGAUUAUUCCAUGGAACUUCCCACUGUUGAUGCAGGCCUGGAAGCUUGGCCCAGCCCUGGCCUGCGGUAAUGUAGUGGUGAUGAAGGUCGCAGAACAGACACCCCUGUCAGCUCUAUAUAUAGCUCACCUGGCCAGAGAGGCUGGAUUUCCCCCUGGUGUUCUUAACAUUAUUCCUGGUUACGGUCCUACAGCAGGGGGUGCCAUUGCCAGUCACAUGGGUGUGGACAAGUUGGCCUUUACUGGCUCCACAGAGGUUGGACAGAUAGUGGCUCAGGCAGCAGCACAAUCUAACCUGAAGAGAGUCACCCUGGAGCUCGGGGGGAAGAGUCCCAACAUUGUCAUGGCUGAUGCUGAUUUGGAUAUGGCAGUAGAGAUGUCCCACUUUGCUCUGUACUUCAACCAAGGACAGUGUUGCUGUGCUGGUUCCCGCACCUUUGUGGAGGAGAAAAUCUACGAUGAAUUUGUAGCUAAGAGUGCCGAGAGAGCAAAAAAGAGGACUGUAGGGGACCCAUUUGAUGCGUCUAAUGAGCAGGGACCACAGGUGGACAAGGAGCAGACAGAGAAGAUCAUGUCAUACAUCAAGAGCGGAAAAGACCAGGGAGCAAAGCUUGUGGCAGGGGGCAACAGAAAGGGGGACAAGGGGUACUACAUUGAGCCCACAGUAUUCGCUGAUGUACAGGAUGACAUGAAAAUUGCCCAGGAAGAGAUUUUUGGUCCAGUGCAAUCAAUUCUGAAGUUUAAAUCCAUGGAUGAGCUGAUUGAGCGAUGUCACAAGACAAUCUAUGGUCUGGCUGCUGCAGUCCACACCACUGAUCUGGAGAAGGCACUCUAUGUGGCCAAUACAGUGAGGGCAGGGACUGUCUGGGUAAACUGUUUUGAUGUGUUUGAUGCCUCCAUGCCUUUUGGAGGUUAUAAGAUGUCUGGUAAUGGCCGCGAACUUGGGGAAUAUGGACUAGAGGCCUACACAGAAGUCAAAUCUGUUGUAAUAAAAAUUCCACAGAAGAAUUCUUAAACAUCAAAGUAA